AUGCACUACGCUACUAUCUUCGCCGCUCUCUCCUUUGGCAUUGGUGCCCAGGCUUGGGCCCAGUCCGGCAAUGGUGAAUGGAUUGCCAACGAUACCAAGUACUACGGUUUCGCAAACGCCCUUGCCGCGUUUGAAGCAUGCACCUACAUGAACACGAACAACUUGGUCCCUGUCGGCAACGGCUGCCGAUUCUGGACCAACGGUCAAGGCGGUAUCCACUAUGGUGCAUGCCGGGACAUUUCUGGCCACACUGGAACCGUGCGCCAAUGCAUAUAA